AUGCCUCUCGCGGCCAGACUUGCGAGUGCGCAAGGCGCCGCACCGCCCUAUCCCUCAAGUCUGCAGCCUGGAUAUCCCCCGCAACAGCAGCAACAGCAACGCCCGCCUCAGCCUGGCGCGUACCAGUCGCCUACGCCGGGGGGUUACAGUCGUCCGCCUCCGCCUCCUCCGGGCCAAGUUCCCGGCUAUCCCGGCCAGCCAGCGCCAUAUUACCAGCAACAGCAGUACGGCCAACAGCAAUACGGCCAACAGGCAUAUAGCCAACCUCAAGGCUAUCCUCCUCUACAACAAGGACCGCCCGGAUAUGGCUAUGGCGGCCCUCCUCCCCCUCAGCAGGCACAGUACCCUCCCCAGCAGCAAUAUGGCGGUGCCCCUCAACAGCAACAAUACCAGCAGCCCCUGCAACAGCAGUACGGCGCCCCGCAAGGCGGUCCUCCGCAAGGCCAAAGCUAUGCUGGUGGUCCACCCGCGGGACCGGGCGAUGUAGCCAGCUAUCAGCGAGAGCUAGAAAGAGCAGUCCGCGAGAAGGGCCUGGAGAGAUUCUACCCCCCAGGCUCGCCGCGCAUCCAGCAGCUCGCCGCAAGAGCCCCGCAAGAGGUGGACAAAAUCUGCCAAGCGUGGAAGAUACAAAGAGAGAUUGCCAACGACAUAGUACGACUGGCGCUCUACGACGUCAUCAUCUACAUUGACGACAGCGGCUCCAUGGCCUUCGAGGAGAAUGGCGAGCGCAUCAAGGAUCUCCAGCUGAUCCUGCAGCGUGUUGCGUUUGCCGCCACUCUGUUCGACGAUGACGGCAUCGAGCUUCGCUUCAUGAACGAUGAGGAGAUUCCGCUGCAGCAAUUGAGCGGCAUUCGCUCCGAGCAGCAGAUUGAGCAGAUCAUGGCCAAGAAGCGCUUCAAGGGGUUGACGCCGUUCGGCACCAAGUUGCGCGAGAAGGUGCUCGACCCGCUCGUCGUUCCGAAGUUACGCAGCGGACAAAUGCAGAAGCCCAUUCUGAUCGUUGGAAUCACGGACGGACAACCUGCCGGUGAGCCCAAUGAUGCCCUGGCAAGCGCCAUACGCUACGGCUUCUCCCAUACUGGCCAGUACGGACAGAAUGCGCUGGCCUUCCAAUUCGCGCAAGUCGGUAAUGACCAAAAAGCCACCGAGUUUCUCGGCAAGCUCGACAACGAUCCGCAGAUUGGAUCCAUGGUAGACUGCACAUCCAACUACGAGAACGAGUCGGCCGAAAUGGCACGUGCUCAGCCUCCCGUAGACCUGACACCCGACCUCUGGAUGAUAAAACUCAUCCUCGGCGCCAUCGAUUCCAGCUAUGAUAGCAAGGACGAGAAGACAAGCAUGAUUGGUGGUGCGCCGCUGCCGCCGGGUCCGCAGGCUGGGGGCUACGGUGCUCCGCAGGGAGGGUAUCAAGGUCAACAAGGAGGAUAUGGGGGGCAGCAGCAGGGGUAUGGCGGGCAACAACAAGGAUACGGAGGGCAGCAGCAGGGAUAUGGAGGUCAGCAGGGUCACGGACAAGGGCCGCCGCAGCAAGGAGGGUACGGUGGUCAGCAGGGAGGUUAUGGCGGUCAGCAGGGAGGUUAUGGUGGGCAGCAGGGCGGCCAACAGGGCGGUUACGGUGGUCAACAAGGCUACGGACAGGGUCAGGGACAACAGCCCCAGGGCGGAUAUCCUCCUCAAGGCGGGUAUCAGCCACCUCCCGGCCCCCCGAGAUACUAA